AUGUCGGCUUCCAAUCCCUCUGAGCGGGACCCUCUACUCCCGCCUUUGGAAGACGCAUCGAAGCGACCGACCAGAAUCGGACCCUUGGAAAUCUCUCGCUCUACCCGCCACGGCAUUCUCGCCGGUAUAUGGGCUGCCACUUUCCUAUCCGUGUUGCUCCCAUCAAUCUCUUCCGACUUCAACAAAGCCCACCAAGCAAGCUGGCUCGGUACCUCAUACCUCCUCGCCACGUGCACAUUCACCCCGCUCUAUGGCCGCUUGUCGAAUAUACUCGGAAGACGAGGCGCGAACCAGACCGCCGUAUUCUUCGCCGGACUCGGGACCAUUGCUUGCGGUUCUCGACAAACAUGGAGAUGCUCAUUGCAGCCAGAUUCGUACCUUGCCGGUCUGGGUGGAGGAGGAGUUUUUACGACCGCCACGAUUAUCACGAGCGAUAUGUACAGCUUGAGAAACCGAGGCUUGACACAAGGCGUCUCCGCCAUGGGAAUGGGAUUGGGGGGACCUCUCGGUGGUUUCAUCGCCGACCGACUUGGUUGGCGCUGGGCCUUCCUCAUCCAGCUCCCGAUGUUCCUGGUAUCCUUCAUGCUGACGUCCACCUUCCUCCACUAUACCACGCCGAAUCACAACCAGGGUGGUAGCAAGAGCACGAAACAGGUGCUCAAACGCAUCGACUAUGGAGGCACCUUAACGCUGUUGGGAACGGUCCUUUCCUUCCUCAUCUUCCUGAGUACCCGUUUCAGCGAAGAGCAUCCUUGGUCGAGCCCGACGGUCUACGUCCCGCUGGUGCUCUUCGUGGUGUUCUUCGUGACCUUUGUUGUUUUCGAGCUCUGCAUCGCGCCGGAGCCCAUGCUUGCACCCUUCCUGCUGCGACAGCGCGUACCCGUACUCGUCGGGUUCAGCAACUUCCUCGUCGCAACGUGCAACUUCACCGUCAUGUACAACUUCCCGACUUGGUUCCAGACCGUGCUUCUCACGAGUGCGAGCGAGGCUGGCGCUCACCUCAUCCCCAACGGAGUCUCGAUUUCUCUGGGGUCACUCUUUGCCGGAUGGAUAAUGCACCGCACAGGGCGAUACCGCACGCUGAACCUGGUGUUUGGAUUGUUCCCGUUCGUGUCGGCGGUGCUCAUCUCGCUCAUGCGUGAGGACUCGUCACCAGUCAUACUCUGGCUCAGCAUCGUACUCGCCCUGCUCGCGCACCUGCCGCAAGACGCCAUGGCCGUCGGCACCGGCUUCGGCCAGCUCUUCCGCGGCAUCGGCCAGGUCGGCGGCGUCGCCGUCUCCGCCGCGCUCUUCCAGAGCCUCCUCACCGCGUCCCUGCGCGCGCGCGUCCCAGGCGCGCUGCCCCCGUCCACGCCGGCGUCCGAGAUCGAGAGCACGAUCUCGCGGAUCCGCCACUCGUCCACGCUCGUCGCGACGCUCGAGCCCGCGCUACAGCGCGCCGCGCGCGACGCGUACGCGGAGGCGCUCCGCGCGGUGUUCGUCUUCGCGGCGGUGGCGACCCUCGCCGCGUACAUCGUGCGCCUUCCGAUUCCCGAUCGGAAACUCGACGCGCCCGAGCCGCGCCCGCGCCGCCGCUCUCUGGGGGAGCUCCCGAACCCGCACCCGGCGGACGCGGAGGAGCUCGCGGAGGAGACGUCUCCGCCUGGGUCGCCCGCGCCGACUGUGUCUCCGCUCGCGCAGGACAGCGCGGUCGCGUCGGAGGCCGAGGACGGGGACGAGAGGGCGGACGACGUGGCGCCGAUUCCGGUGCCGAAGCGGCCGACGCGGAGGCUGUCGACGUACGAGAGCUCGGACGGUGGGAUGGACCUCGAGGACGAGGUGAUUGGAGGGUCUGCGAGGCGGUGA